AUGCGGUUGAGAGCGGAGUCCAGAAGAAGAAAUUAAACGAAUCUGUUCUCGUUGGGGUUACUGAGCGUGAGGUUAGAACGUAAAGAUGUUUCUACAGGUGUUAGGUUGCUGUCGGUCGGGCAUUAGUAUCGGUAACCGGGCUCUGAAGGAAUCCCCGCGAAGAUUGAAACUUGGAACAGCAGCGCUGCAGCAGAGACAUGCGUCAACUUCGGAGGCCCCUCUGAAGCAGACCGUCCUGUUUGACUUCCAUCGUGAUCAGGGUGGAAAGAUGGUGGGCUUUGCUGGCUGGAGUAUGCCUGUGCAGUAUAGAGACAGCCACAUCGUCUCCCAUAUGCACACGCGAGAACACUGCUCCUUGUUUGAUGUCAGCCACAUGCUUCAGACAAAAGUACACGGGAAGGACAGAAUAAAGUUCAUGGAGUCCUUGAUUGUUGCAGAUGUUGCUGAACUAAAGGACAACCAGGGGUCGCUCUCCCUCUUCACCAAUGAGAUGGGAGGAAUAAUGGACGACCUGAUCGUCACUAAGACCGAUCAGGGUUAUCUGUAUGUUGUCUCCAAUGCUGGUUGUGCUGACAAAGACUCUGCCCACAUGAAGGCAAGACUGCAGGAGUUCAAAGCUGCAGGUCAUGAUGUGGAUUUGGAGUUUCUGGAGGAGAGUCUUAUUGCACUGCAAGGUCCCUCUAUGGCACGUGUGCUACAGCCAGGGGUGACUGAUGACCUGAGCAAGUUGACCUUCAUGACCUCUGUGCUGACCCCGGUGUUUGGUAUCCAGGGCUGCAGGGUCACUCGCUGCGGGUACACGGGGGAGGAUGGAGUAGAGAUCUCUGUUCCCUCUGGGAGUAUAGUGGCUUUGGCUGAGAAGCUGCUGACCAACGCUGAGGUAAAGCUAGCAGGACUGGGCGCACGGGACAGCUUGAGACUGGAGGCGGGCCUGUGUCUCUAUGGCAACGACAUUGAUGAGAAUACCACACCUGUGGAAGCCAGCUUGGUGUGGACUAUCGGCAAGCGGCGUCGUCAGCAGAGGGGUUUCCCUGGGGCUGAUAUUGUGGUUCCUCAGAUCAAAGCAAAAACUCAGAGAAAGCGUGUGGGCCUGAUCUCCACGGGGCCACCUGUUCGACAGCACACCCCUAUCCUUGCACCAGAUGGCCGCGUCAUAGGUGAAAUCACCAGUGGAUGCCCUUCCCCUUGCCUCAAAAAGAAUGUAGCCAUGGGUUACGUGGAAGCCGGCUUUAGCAAGGUGGGCACAGCGGUGCAGGUGGAGGUCAGGAAAAAAGCAGUGCCAGCUGUAGUCAGCAAGAUGCCAUUUGUACCCUCCAAAUAUUACACUGGUCAAUAGCACUUUGCACUGCUGAUUUAUAACUCUAUCUGUACUACUAGUGUGUGUGUGUGUGUGUGUGUGUGUGUGUAAAACCAAAUCAUUUUUGAGCCAGUCUAUAUGUAUUUAGAGUAACAUUCCUUAUCUUAAUGUGAGCUUACACUCUUGUAGACAGAAUUUAAGCAACAUAAGACAUUUUAAUAUUGUGAUUAAUGACUGACUUGCUUUGUCCUGUACAGCAAUAUAACAGCUAAUGCUAGCUGCAAUGAUUGUCAUUGUUCAAGACUUCUGCAACAGUGUAUUGACAGUGUAUAACUCCUGAUAGUCCAAAUGCUGUAAGAUUAUGUUUACAUUCAGUAUAUCAGAAAACAAACCAAAAUGUAGGCCUGUUCGUUUAAUUGUCACAAUACAGUGGACCAAUGACAAAAUAUCGAAGUAAUAGGCAAUCAAUCAGUCAAGACCCAAUCUUUACUUACAUUUUAGCCUAUGGCUAUUUGAUAAUGGGCGAUAUUAAACGUGCCUUUGACCUGUGAAAAGAUAAAAACAUUAGAACCAGAGAUGUAAUUAACAUUAGACAUGUUUUAUUCAUUCCGUGCCAAACUGGACCAAUUACAGUCUGAUUCACAUGGAGGUCAUACAGUUUUUAACCUGUUCCCCAUCCUCACCAGUCUCGUGUUGUGUUCCAUAUGACAGCAACUGGACCAAAGAUCUCAGCAUGUUUUGUAUCCGUAUGACAUCUGGGGGUAUUCCAAGUACACGGUGGUAGUGACAACGUUAGGUGUGGGAGUAAGUGGUAGAUCUCUAUGGACUUUGCAGAUGUGCACUUGGACAGCUGCAGACACCAUGUAUGCAUAGUAUAUUCGUAUUAUACUCUCUAGACAGCCAUAGGAGAGCUCUGUGGCUUAAUUAUUCAAACAGAAGAAAGCAAUAGGGCUUUUUUGAAGGUGUACCGCUUAUACUGCGUUAAUUUAGGUCUGUCACUAAGCCUCAUACUUGGAAUGCUUAUACUGUGACUGUCUAUGGGAAUAUUCCACUGGUUUCAUGUUCAUGUACCUAGCAUAAAAACAUUUUGUAAAAGUAAAACUGCUAUUGCUACACGACUACUCCUGACUACUACUGACUAUUGCCACUACUACUGCAAGACAGCAGUGAAUAUUUUGACAGCUUCUGUCACGAUGAACUAAUAGACAUUGUAAAAACAAUGAUGGGCUUAUUUUACUUACAAAUGUGCACCAUUUAUGCAUGAUUAUUUUAAUAAUAGCCGCAGUUAAAUGCUCAAGCCAGCUUCUCUUUCAUGUUUCCUUUUCUCUUUUUCUAAAUGACAAAAAUGUCUCUUGUGUAGGCUACAGGGAACAAGGACAGUGUUGCUUGUCCAUUUAUAUUUUAAGAGUCUAUUGUGAACAUCGAUGGUCCUCAUUUUUUAUAUGAAUUUAUUUGGAAGUCUUUAAUUUUACUAGUCUUCUUCAAUUGACACUAAUAAAGAUUUUUUAAGUACUUUGAA